AUGUUCAAAUCACAAAGAACUAAAACUGGCGAAUGUCUAACAGUUCUGCCUGACUUCAAUUUACGUAAUGAACUCACUGAUCUAUUAAAAAAUGAUGUUAAAAAGCAACUGGUUGACACAAUAUCAAAAGAUUCCGAUUUAAAAAUGACUGAUAUUGAUAGUCAUCUACAAAAAAUUGUUGAUUUACUCGAACCUAUCAUUUCUGAUCGUCUUAAUCAAUUACAAUAUCAAAUUUUUGAUAUUGAAAAUCGUUUAGAUGAAUCAGAACGUUAUAAUCGCUCAUACUAUAUUAGAUUAUUAAAUGUACCUUAUUACAAAGAUGAAGAUGCAAUUCAAGUUACCGUGGACAUUGCAAAUGAAAUCGGAUGCUAUCUAGAUUAUACAGAAAUUGAAACAGCUCAUCGUAUUUUUCAAAAACCGGAAAUUUCAACAUCAACUAAACCACCUCUUCCACCGGUUUUGAUUGCACGUUUCUACUCUAGACCACGUUGUUUUGCAUUGUUGUUGUGUAAAUCAGUUUUUAGAUAA